AUGUCUGCCACGGAAAUCCAAGCAUUGAUUGAACGUGCCUUCUAUGGUUAUCUUAUCCAACGUAUUUGGCAGGGUUCGGGCACCAGAGCGUUUGUCAUUGACACCAAUCAUGCAUGCGAUGGGAGUAAUCCCAUCUCUGACUACCUAGAUGACACCGAUGCAGAGGCCACCGCGGUGUGCUUCGAAGAUAAACUGUACUACGUGGCGUAUCCAGAUGGCAAUCCGGGAGAUACAUGUCAAUUGCCUGGCUCUACCCCUGUUUGUGUACCGCUGAAAUUCAAAGUCCCUCCGGUGCUGGAGGAGUUGACUGGGGAAAUCCGGGAAUAUGGUGGCGUGAAGCCCGUUGACAAAGUAGCAAGCACCGUCUGCUCUUACCAGACAAACGGCAACAACAACGGUUGGAAGCUGAAAAGUAUGGGUGGCGUUGCUAGCGUUGACGACCUGAAUGUGGAUGCACUUAUUACAUAUCAGAUCGGGGCCCCAGGGUUCAGUACGCUUCCACUAUGCAGUGCAGAAGAGGCACAUCUGAACUGGGGUAUUGGAAAGGAGACAGACAACUAUCCAUGUAAUUAG